AUGCGGAACCGGGCUGCUCGAGCCACCUGCCCGGCCCCAGGAGUCCUUGAGCUCCUGAGUCUCAGUCUGCACGGGCACCUGCCACCCAGCACUAGCACCCAGAAUCCACCCCUCAGUACCCGCACCACCCAGCCCGCAGCACCCUCAGGACUCAGAGAUGAGAAAGUGAGGGCAGAGCUGCAAGACAGUCGGACGUGCAGAGCCCGAGCACAGGCAGGCCAGCACGAGGGUCUGCAGAGACCCCAGCCAGAGUCCCCUGCCCUCCCCCAGGAGGAUCCGGGAGCUCUGAGCAGCCACCCGCCAGUGGCAGGCGUCUCAGCAGGACCCCGCCCUCCUCCCCUCGGCCACGCGGCGCAGGAGCCCCGAGAGGGCCGCCCUGGGGAGGGGCCGCUUGGCGCUGCCGGCAGCCCCUUCCCCAGAUCUGUUUCGACCCGGCGCGGCAGCUUCCGCCGUCGGCCCGGGAUCGCUGAGCGCCCGUCACGCCGCAGCUGUGCAAACAAGCGCUUUGACCCCAGCCGCAAGUCCUCGCCAACCAAAAGGCAAAAACUAAACGAUAUGCCAGAGAACCUGGCCUCCCCUGGCCAGGGCUCCUGGCUCACCGAAGGGGCUCUCCCUCACGUGCCCCCGAGGUGGCCGCUGCCCUCCCUCUUCCUGGAUCUGGUCCCUGUGGCCCCUACACGGCUGGGGAUGGAUCCCAAAGAGCCCCCCGAGGUGUUCUGGCCAACAGUACACAGCCCACCACCCACAGCGACACUGUCCACACUGACCGAUCCUCCAGAUGUGGCCAGCGCAGACCUUAGGCUUGGGCACUGGGCUGCCUUCCAAGCCUGUCCCGGCCGCUGCGGCCCCUGGGCCUUUGCACGUGCUGUGUCCCAGUCUGUCUGCUCCUCCUCGGAGCCGCCUCGCACAUUCCCUCCUCCACGGAAACCCCCCCUGUGCCACACUGGCCCCGAGGACCCAAGCAUAUUCCAGACACAGACCAUGUCACACCAAGCAGAACGACAGGACAGCCAGCCACGAACCUGCUCACUUGGGCCAAAAUCGCCGCGCUGCUCCGGAUUUAGCCUGAUGAGCGUCUACAGCGACCAGGUUAACCUGACAACUGCCCGCACUCUCGUCCACGAGGUGUAUAUAGUUCCAGGGCCAUUCGUCACGGCCUGGCCUUGGGGGAAAACAAUUUCUUCAAAUUAUACCCCUGAGGACCCUGAGUCCCAGAUCCGGGCAGAUGCGGCCGCCCUGCCCUCACGCCUGCGGCGGGCAGCCCCCCUGCCGGCCCCUCCCAGCGGCCCUGCCCCACCCGCCGGCCCGGCCCAGGGCGGCCCCGGGAAGCGAGCGCUGCUCACCGACUCCCCCUUCCCGUCCCUCCAGCAGCAGGUGCCCCCGAAGUCCGCGCCCGGCUCCCCGAUGGCCUGUGGUCCCCAGAGAGGUGGGCCCCGCACCCCAGCAGACGGGCCAGUGCAGGAGAGGGCCCUCCGCGAGGCCCCGCGGCGGCCGCAGCAGCGGGGCCUGGAGCCCGCCGGCCGCGCAGGGGGCCCCGCGAGGGCCGGGCCGCAGCCCCGUCUACAGAGGCUUUCCAGACAGGGCCGGGCUCGCCGGGGACUUCGCGGCCACCCGAGCGCCAGCUGGGUCCCGUGGCCGCAUGCGUUACUGCCCUGCAGCGCCCGCGCACAGCCGGCUCACGCGGUGCCCAGAGCAGGCCGCCGAGCAGCACGGCCGGGGCCCAGGCUGCUGGUGGAGCGGAGCCCCGACAACUGA